AUGAACUGGAAGAAAGCAACCGAGUUAAGGUUGGAACAAUUGAAUGAGAUGGAUGAAUUUCAUCUCGGAGCUUAUGAAAGAGCUGACCUGUAUAAAGAGAGGAUGAAGAACUACCAUGAUCGAAGAACAGAGAAGAGAAACUUUCGUUUUGGUGAUUGGGUGUUAUUAUUCAACUCUCGACUUAAGCUCUUUCUGGGUAAAUUGAAAUCAAGAUGGUCGGGACCUUUCAAAGUGAGUCAUGUUUUUCCAUCAGAUGUGGUAGAACUUGAAAUUAAAGAUGGAAGUUUGUUUAAAGUUAACGAGCAAAAGGAUUAA